CUAAUAGUCUCGCAUAUUCUUCUGGUUCGCAUAAACUACAAAACAAACAAACCCAUCACUUGCCAAUUCUAUCCCUCCCUCCCCUCUCCAUCUCUCAGCAUUCUCUCAUCUUCUCAUCGUCGCUAUCUCCUUGCAAACCUUCUCGAUUUUGAAUUUAUUCACCGAAAAAACCCUAAGGGAGAAACGGUCGUCACUGCCGUACACCACUCACUGUUCAUAUUGCCGUGAGAGAGACCUUCGCUAUUCUGGAGAUGCGUCAAUUAGACUCUCCUGCGUGGAGCUUCCGGUGAAAAAAAAAGACGAUUGAUAAAUGAUUCCACAAUCUUCUCCCUCCUCUUCUAGCUUCGAUUUCUUAUCUCACGCUAGCGUCUCGCGUCGUCUGUUAUGUCCUUGCUCCAACGAGCACGGCCUGAUUCUCUUCCGCGAUAGAUUCGCGAGGAGGCGGAUUCUCCCCCGGAAGACCAGAGUUCAGGUCACGAAUGCGAGCUCGAGGUUUGUUUCCGGCGGGGAUUCAGCGAGAAAGGUCGCGAGGAGCCUUGUGCUCGCUCGGUUCUCGAAUGAAUUCGAAGACGAACAAGAACCAUCAUCAUCGCAGGAGUCUUCGAUUCAAACCGACCAAAACAGUUUCACUAACUAUAGAGAAGAUCCGAUUGUGGAUAAGCUCAGGACUCAGCUUGGCGUUAUCCAUCCUAUCCCCUCGCCACCGAUUAACCGUAACGCGAUUGGUCUCUUUGCGUUCUUCUUCUUCGUUGGUGUUGUCUGCGACAAGCUCUGGGCGUGGAGAAAGAGGCGGAGACGAGACAGACAACAGAGAGCUGGGCCAUGGGCACAGCUUCCCUCACCGUCCUUCGAGAGGGAUUUGCAAAGGAAAGAGUCGGUGGAGUGGGUGAACAUGGUGUUGGUGAAGCUCUGGAAAGUUUAUAGAGGUGGGAUUGAGAAUUGGCUCGUCGGGUUGUUGCAGCCUGUGAUUGAUGACUUGAAGAAGCCUGAUUAUGUGAAGAGAGUUGAAAUUAAGCAGUUUUCGCUUGGGGAUGAGCCUUUGUCUGUUAGAAAUGUUGAGAGGAGGACUUCAAGACGCGUCAAUGACUUGCAGUACCAGAUUGGUCUUAGGUAUACUGGUGGUGCUCGGAUGUUGUUAAUGCUCACUUUAAAAUUUGGUAUCAUCCCAGUAGUCGUGCCAGUUGGUAUACGAGAUUUUGACAUCGACGGUGAGCUUUGGGUUAAGUUAAGAUUGAUACCGUCAGCGCCUUGGGUUGGAGCCGCAUCAUGGGCUUUUGUAUCACUUCCAAAGAUCAAAUUUGAGCUGGCUCCAUUCCGAUUAUUUAAUCUAAUGGGAAUUCCUGUUCUAUCCAUGUUCUUGACCAAACUGCUGACAGAAGAUUUGCCUCGCUUAUUUGUCCGGCCAAAGAAAAUUGUCUUGGAUUUCCAAAAAGGAAAAGCUGUUGGACCUGUUUCAGAAGACAUAAAACCUGGAGACAUGCAGGAAGGGAACAAGGAUUUUGUUGGGGAACUGUCUGUUACUCUUGUAAAUGCCCAGAAACUUCCAUACAUGUUCUCUGGUAGAACGGAUCCAUAUGUUAUUUUACGAAUGGGUGAUCAAGUUAUCCGCAGUAAGAAGAAUAGUCAAACUACUGUGAUUGGGGCUCCUGGUCAGCCAAUCUGGAAUCAGGACUUCCAAUUCCUUGUUUCAAAUCCUAGAGAACAAGUGUUACAAAUUGAAGUCAAUGACUGUCUUGGAUUCGCCGAUAUGGCUAUUGGCACCGGAGAGGUUGACCUCGGAUCACUACCAGAUACGGUUCCUACAGACAGAAUUGUUGUUCUGCAAGGCGGUUGGAGUUUAUUUGGAAAGGGAUCUGCUGGAGAAAUACUACUGCGGCUUACAUACAAAGCAUACGUGGAGGAUGAAGAAGAUGAUAAACGCAAUGCAAAAGCCAUUAAUGCAGAUGCUUCCGAUGAUGACAUGUCUGAUUCCGAAGAACCUAGCUCAUUCGUGCGUGACAAGAUUCCUUCUGAUGAUCUUGGUCCAGAGUCGUUUAUGAAUGUGCUGUCUGCAUUAAUUUUGAGCGAGGAAUUUCAAGGCAUAGUUUCAUCAGAAGCUGGGAACAAACUUUAUGAAGGUGAAGCAAGCGUGCCACCAGUACCCUCAAAGGCUUCGGAGGACUCAAAAUCUCAACCGGACGAUUCUGGCAAUGGAGGCAUAUCAGAUUUGGAAGUGAAAACCCCGAGUUCUGAUAGAAGCUCCGUUGAUGAUGGAGGAUUAGCAUUGUUGUGGUUCAGUGUAAUCACUUCUGUAUUGGUGCUCGUUGCUAUUAACAUGGGCGGCUCAAGUUUCUUCAACCCGUAACAUGGUGUUGUAUGGAUCACUAGCGAUUUAUUUUGCCGGAGUUGGUUAAUUCUCUCUCGACCUUAGAGAUGGCUUAUAACGAAGUCUCAGUUUUGUGUUUACAUUCUAAUGCCAUUUGUAUGCAUGUCACUAAAAGAGGGGCACUUAUUGGCGGCAGAAAGUUUUAGGAUAUAUUUCAGUGUUUCACACAAUCUCUUAGAACAGUGAAUCAACGUGUAUACCAGUGGUUUGUUAUAUAGUACAUGGAAAAUUUAUUCUCCAUUCAAAUAAAGUUUAUUCUUUCUACAAGUAAA